AUGGCCGAAAUGGAUGUUUUACAAUCCAGAAUUAUCCAGCAGAUCGAAGCUUAUCUAGCUGAAGAGAAUCUCAAAUUCGAUUAUAACUUAGCCAAGUACGAGCGUGAAAAUCAGGGUUGGAUACCGCUUGAACGGUUGAGUCAAUUCAAUAAACUCUCAACGUACAAAUAUGAUACAAUUCUCAAUGCACUACGUUCGAAACGAUCGAAUGUCAUUGAAGUAGAUCUUUGUGAACCUGUAUGUCUUCGUCGUCGACGUCGACCAUUGAUUGAAUCAUCAAUGGAACGAAACCCAUAUUUGCAUCAAACGGUCGUUGUCAGUGGUUUACCACGUGAUGCUAAACAGGAAGAUCUAAUGGAGUUUUUCAAUCGUUUCUAUCGUGUCCAUCGGAUUCGAAUGUUGAUGUCAACUCGAACAGGAAAGUCAUUCAGUGGAAAAGCUCAUGUGAUCUUCGAAAAAUCUCAAAAUGCUCGAGCAUUUGUUCAACGAUCGGAAACAGGAACGAUCAUUUAUGUCAAUGAUUAUUUACUUCAACUAUGUAAUGGAUAUACAUUAAUUUGCAAGAUGUUGAUCGAUUGCGACGAUAGAGAUGAAAAGGACCUUAAUCAAUUACAGGUUCAUAGUGAUCAAUCAUUUUCUCAUCGUUUGUCUGCUUAUUCGCCUCGUGUUUCUUUCAAUACGAACAUUUCCGUAUCGAAAGAUCAGAAUAUUCGAACAAAAGCGCAAUCAAGCAUCUCUCAAACGAAAUCUUGUCUAAAGUCAAGUACAUGUGCCACUGAACAGAUUCUAUUCUGUCAAAAUACAACCAACGAUAAGCUGUCCAAAGCAUUGGAAUACAAAAACCAAAGGAUCGUUUCCAAUCGUUAUUCGUAUGAAUUUUACGUGCCUGAUCAUCUUCUUCAAAAAACUCACACAUGUAUAAUUAUCGCAGCAUUGAAUCCACAUUGUUUUACGAUUCAAUUAAAGCAAGAUGCCAUCGAAUUCGAUAAAUUCCAACGCGAAAUCAAUGAAUUCUAUAAUGAAGUCGACGCAAAAGAAUACCUUGUCACACCUGAACAAAUUCACGUCAAUCUCUGUGUGAUAUGCGCGGAUCCGAAAUCAUCAGAGAAUGAUCGAAUCUGGAAUCGUUCCCAAAUCCUCGAUUUCGAUCCGGUGGACAACACUGUCAAUCUAUUCUAUGUCGACUUAGGUACAUGGGAUGAAUAUGUACCAAUACAUCGUCUUCGACAUUUGAUUGACAGUUUCCAUCGUCAUUUAGUUUUUUCGCUAACGUGCCGUUUGGCUCAUAUUUCGCCGAUCAAUCAGGAGAAUGACGAUCAUCUAGCGUGGUCCACUGAUGCGACGAAUCAGUUUUUAGCUGUUAUUGAUCAAGUUUUGCCAGAAAUCGAACUCCUAACACUAGAAAAUGAUGGGUGUUUUCAAACAAAUCUAUUUGUCACCAACUCAGGACAGUAUGUUUGUGUAAAUGAUUACAUGAUACACAUAAAAAGAGCGAAAGCGACUCUACAGACCGCAGAUACGUACAAACAAAAUAUACUUAAUAUGACUGAUGAUAAAUCACCUGUACAUCCAGUUAUUGCUUUAUACAAUCGACUCGGCGAAACUUUGAAACGUUCUCUUGUGAAAUCGCGGACAUCUAAUCUCAGCGGUACAUGGAUUACAAACGAAACUUGUGUUAAACUAAUUCAUAUUCACGCCGUAAUAAAUUCUUUGCAACAAAAGAUACCGCUCGUUUUUAUACAUUAUGAAAAAUGUAUUCACCUCCCUGAUUUCAAUAUUUGUUCUUUACUUAAACUAAUUCAUUCAAAUAUUGAUACAGAUACUAUUGAACGUUAUGCUUUAACUAUUAAAUAUCAUCCAGUGCGAAUAGAACGUGAUCAUCAUUCGAACAUCUUCAUUCAGAUCAAUAAUCGAUCAUUAAAUAACAUUGUACUGUAUUCGACUGGAUUCGUUCAAUCUAUUCUCGAGCAUUACCAUUUCCCGGCUAAAAACGUUUUUCUUAUGUUAGAAAAAGCCAAAUUUAUACAGCUAUAUGCGUCUGACCUGUCGCUUUGGUUUCGAAUGGAUAAUGAAUUAUUAUUGUCGUCUAAUAAUCAAAUCAAAUUAAAUCUUUCCCCAGUGUCAGACACUCAACCGUCUACUGUAGAAAAUAAACGCCUUCCAUUUUCUAAUAGACUCAUCAGUCCAACGUGA